CGACCACUUCGUAAUUAGCAAUACCGUUGCCUGUUUGAUUGGGAUUGCUUUGAAGCGUGCGACGAACUUGCCACGAUCGGGCUGCUGGAAACCUUUGUUGCGUAGAUUUCGUCCUCACCUUCCGACCUUCGUAUGAAUCGUCGACGUGUUGUUUGAAUAUUUUGAAGCUGCUUUCGGCUUUGGUUCGUCUGUAUCAGCUGCUUUCGGCUGUUGCGAUUUUGUAUGUGGAGAAUGACGCAGAGGGAGACGGCGCGUGGGGGAGUCUCUGGGGGAGCAUCGCGUUUUGCCGUAGUUGGUAGCCUGGAACAUCAGGGAAUCGAUUGUUCUUUUGCCCCAAAGGAAAUACGAACCAAUCGCUUUCAAUAUCGUCUCAAAAAGUUGUUUUCGGUAAGAGGAACGAUUGGUAAAGGACCGGACAACUAGAAAUCUUUUUAUUGGAUUUGGACUUGUUUUUCAGUAUGCUUAGGUGGACUGCACGGUGAUUAUGUGAUCCCACAGAGUGCAUGUUUGAUAUGAUAGAUUGAUAGUCCUACCUUCCACGCACCUGAUUGAAUUGUGAAGUGCCCAGGACGAAACUGAUGAAUAAUUUGUGGCUGGUUCAUUUGGUGAUGUGUAGAAAAGUCAACGACAGCUUUUAAAAUGUUUGGCGCUGAUAAUUUGGUGAGCAACUUUGGGCAAGAAAUUUCCAUUAGUAUUCAGGACAAGCUGAAAUGGAUGAGCUUCCUUGGGUUAAUCCCUCACCUUCAAAUAGAUGCAUGGUGCAUGCUUUGCUUUCUUUUCCUGACACAUUUUUGUGAAAGCAUUGGUCGAACAUAAACAACUACUAAGAUCUGCAGGCUUAUUUGAGAACCAUAUUAAUCGGUACGAUUGAUGCUCACUCACAUGUGACUGCCACUGCUUUUGCAGGCCUGGGAGCGCAUGAUGGUUUGGCCUACAAUUUGAAAAGUUGCAAGGCCAUGGUCCAUAUGCAUAAGUGGGUUCGGCAGUUACCUAUUUGGAAUGAGUGAAACAAUAGCUAGGCAAGCAACAGAGGCUAAAGAUGCUAAUAAUAUAAAGGAUCCUCACCUUGGAUGGAUGAUAGGGUUCCUCUUCCUUGUCAGUUUCAUUGGGCUCUUUGCACUUGUGCCCCUAAGAAAAAUUAUGAUUGUUGACUACAAACUGACCUAUCCAAGUGGCACAGCCACUGCAUAUCUCAUCAAUGGUUUUCACACACCUGAGGGAGCCAAGCUUGCAAAGAAGCAAGUAAAGACAUUGGGCAAGUACUUCCUGUUUAGCUUUUUCUGGGGCCUUUUUCAGUGGUUUUACACCGCAGGGGAUGACUGCGGAUUCAAAAACUUCCCAACAUUAGGCCUUGAAGCUUAUUACAACAGGUUCUUCUUUGACUUCUCUCCUACAUAUGUUGGAGUUGGCAUGAUCUGCCCAUACAUUGUGAAUAUGUCUGUUCUGCUGGGCGGUAUUCUCUCAUGGGGUAUAAUGUGGCCUCUCAUUGCCAAGAAGAAGGGGAGUUGGUACCCUGCUUCUCUCCCAGACUCAAGUCUGCAUGGGCUGCAGGCUUACAGGGUUUUUAUAUCCAUUGCUUUGAUUCUUGGGGACGGUUUGUACAACUUCAUUAAGGUGCUUAUCCGCACAAUCGCGGGCUUCAUAUCAAUGGUUCAGCAAAAUUCAAAAAGUAUGCUUCCUGUUUCAGACAACCCCUCCACCACUGAAGCUGUAUCCUUCGACGAUGAACGUCGCACUGAGCUUUUCCUGAAAGAUCAAAUCCCUAAUUCAGUUGCAUAUGGAGGCUAUGUCGUAGUUGCCGCUAUAUCGAUCGGCACCCUUCCUCAGAUCUUCCCCCAGCUCAAGUGGUACUACAUUUUGGUUGCCUAUGUCGUAGCACCUGUGUUGGCCUUCUGCAAUGCCUACGGAAGUGGCCUAACUGAUUGGUCUCUUGCCUCCACCUACGGCAAGCUUGCUAUCUUCGUCUUCGGUGCAUGGGCUGGCCUUCCUCACGGCGGUGUGCUCGUAGGCCUUGCUGCAUGUGGUGUCAUGAUGAGCAUUGUGUCGACUGCUUCUGACCUGAUGCAAGACUUCAAGACUGGAUACCUGACUCUAGCAUCACCGAGGUCUAUGUUCGUCAGCCAGGUGAUUGGCACUGGGAUGGGCUGCGUCAUCGCUCCCUGCGUCUUCUGGCUGUUCUACAAGGCUUUCAGCGACAUCGGCGAGAGCGGCACCGAGUACCCGGCGCCUUACGCCAUCGUGUACCGCAACAUGGCCAUCCUCGGCGUGGACGGCUUCUCGUCGCUGCCAGAGAACUGCCUCACCCUCUGCUACAUCUUCUUCGCCGCGGCGAUCGUCAUCAACCUGGUAAGAGACCUGACGCCGCACAAGGUCUCGCGGUUCAUCCCGCUUCCGAUGGCGAUGGCGAUACCUUUCUACAUCGGCUCGUACUUCGCGAUCGACAUGUUCCUGGGCAGUGUGAUCCUCUUCGUGUGGGAGAGGUUGAACAAGGCCAAGGCAGACGCCUUUGGACCUGCCGUCGCGUCGGGGCUGAUAUGUGGGGAUGGGAUCUGGACCCUGCCCCAGUCUAUUCUGGCACUUGCCAAGGUGAAUCCCCCCAUUUGCAUGAAGUUUUUGUCGAGAGCGGCCAAUGAAAAGGUGGACAGCAUCCUCGCAGGCUAAGAGAGCAUGGUGACUGGUGAUCUUACAGGGAACUACGGCAAGUAGCACGGCUCAUCCUGUAAUUAUUAUCGCAAAAUGUGUUCCCGGAUCACUUGUUUUGUAGGAAACCCAGUAAAUGUGUUUGCUGUUGGAAAGAAGCUUCCCCAUGAUGAAUGUAGCUGCUCUGCAUGCUAUUCCUCAAAAUGUGAAGAGAAA